CUUUUUUUUUGAACGGCAAAUUUCUUUUAUUCUAUGUUGUCUAUAGGACUUGAACACACCACCCUCUCUCGAGGUAUUUAAAGGUUUUUUCUUUCUCGAUUGAGUGUAAUUAACUCUAAUUUUUAUUUUAGACAGAACGACGUCGUUGGGAAAGAUAUUCCGUCCUCAUUUUAUCAUCUUCCCCAUCACCAAAAACCAGAGUUGAGGUUCUCCAAUGGAGUCAUCUCUUUCAUCUAUCCAAUUCACCUUCCACAUUCCAAAACAACCCAAACCCAAAUACCCACCUCACCUUUCCCCAUUCCCCAUAUCCUGCACCGCAUCACGCAACAACGCCACCACACGCACCACCUAUCGCCGCCGUACCCCACCACCAAAACCACCAACAAACCGAAAACCCACCACCCAAUCUCCACCACCGGAUGCAAACUUAAUAACCUUAUGCAAAAACGGUUCAAUUGAACAAACAAUUGAGUUAAUGUCACAAGGUGUACCUGCAGGGUACGAUGUUUUUGAGAUUGUUUUGGAUUCUUGUACCGAAAUUGAGUUAGGGAAGAAGGUUCAGCAGCUUCUUAUUAGAUCAUCUUAUUACGGUAAUGUGAAUUUGAACUCAAAGUUGGUGAAAAUGUAUGUGAAAUGCAAUAGUAUGAGGGAUGCACGCAGGGUGUUCGACAGAAUGCGUGAACGAAAAGAGUUAACGUUAUGGCAUUUGAUGAUUAAAGGGUAUGUAGAUAACGGUGAAGCGGAUGCGGGUUUGUUGUUAUAUGAUCAAAUGAAAGAGUUAGGAUUGGUUCCAAAUGGGGAGACUUUUAGAUUGGUUUUAUCGGCUUGUGGUGAUUCGGUUCAAGACUGUUUGAAACAUUUUAAAUCGAUGACGCAAGAGUAUGAUUUAGUUCCGGAAGUUGAACAUUAUUUAGGGGUGAUUGAUGUUUUGGGGAAAGCGGGGCAUGUAAACGAAGCUAUGGAGUUUAUUGAAGAAAUGGAUUGUGAACCCACGGUUGAAAUAUGGGAGUCGUUGAUGAGUUAUGCGCGAAUCCAUGGUGAUAUUGAGCUUGAAGAUCGUGUUGGAGCGCUUUUGGAUCCGUCUAUGGAGGCACUUGAUAAACUUCCAUUGCCAAAAGGGAAACAAUCUUUGGUUAAUAUGCUUGAAGGGAAGAAUAAGGUGAAUGAGUAUAGAAACACAGAUUUCGACAAGGAGGAUGCAUAUGGGAAGCUUAAAGGGUUAAAUGGCCAAAUGAGAGAUUAUGGGUAUGUGCCCGACACACGAUAUGUGCUUCAUGACAUUGAUCAAGAAGCUAAAGAGCAAGCAUUGAUGUACCAUAGCGAGCGGUUAGCUAUUGCGUAUGGUUUGAUUAGUACGCCUGCAAGAACGACUCUUAGGGUCAUCAAGAAUCUUAGGAUAUGUGGCGAUUGUCAUAAUGCUAUCAAGAUCAUGUCCAAGAUUGUUGGAAGAGAGCUCAUUGUGAGGGACAACAAGCGGUUUCAUCAUUUUAAGGAUGGCAAAUGCUCUUGUGGAGAUUAUUGGUAAAUUUUUAAAGGUGUAAUUGUAUAAAUAGAUGACCAAUCUUGUUCUUGUAUUAAAGGUGUAAUUGUAUAAAUAGAUGACCAAUCUUGUUCUUGUA